GAUGAAAUUAUCAAAUACGUGCAGUCGUUGCAGCGUCGAGUUGCAGUUCUUAUCUAUGAAGUUGGCUACUGUGAAUCCGAGGAUGAAUGUUAACAUUGAAGCCCUACUGUCAAAGGAUAUAUUUCAAUCCCGUGGAUCUUUGCCGCAUGCUGUUUAUUCGGUAGAUUCUUCAGCACCAGCAUUCGGUUUCAUAUAUCAGCCCAAGCAAGCGCUACCUAUGAACAAUGGCAUAUCCAAUAACGCAGAGAUUCAAUUCUCUAUGAAUCCGCUAAAUGCUGCGUUGCAUAAAACACAAGGCUUGCAGCUGCCUCCUGUCGCUAGUUUUACCUAUGCUAACGCUCAGAUUGGAUCAUUUUUGGAUGAUGAUCUCCAAAGCAUUGCUCAAAUGGGAUUUGGCCAAAAUCAACCACAAAGCUAUCAAAGCUCAAAAGUUGCAGGCCAAGUGAAAAUCGAGAUGUAAUUUACCAUCGGAAGUCGGAACCGUAGUUUCCGGUUUGCUUCGAGACUCUCCAUGUGAGCAACAAAGGCCUUUGUAUAUACAGAAGAAUUUCAGCUUGGGAGAAAAUUGAUGAAUGGUUUAAUCUGAAUUUUUUUUCUCCAGGAUUUGUUUUCUGCAAACUCAUUCUGUAGAUAAUUCUUACAAAGAUUCUAGAUUUGUAAUAUUGUAGAACUAAUUGCAAUGAAGUGAUGCAUUAU